GUCUGAAAACCUCUCUCUUUCUCUCUCUCAGCUGCAACCAGGACUGAAGACUUUAGGGACAAUUUGAGGGCUUUGGACAAAGCCUCAAAUUUCUUCAAGACACUACAGCUCAGCAGAGGAGGAAGGAUUUUCAAAGACAUCAAAACACUCAAGCUCAUCAUAAUCAGUUCAGUUCAAGAUGGACAGGAAGCAGUUUUGUGUUAAUCUGCUGGUCCAGCCGUCCAGAGGGCUCGUGGAUGAGAAGUUCAUUGUCAUGGUCCAGAACAUCAGAUGUGGUUUCCAGCUGACCGUCCACGCCCUCCAUCAUUGUGAAGAUGGCCACACCUGGGAGGCGUUUGGUCACUACACUGCCAACACCACGGGGACUGUAAACAUUUCAGAGGAUCCCAGUCUGGGCGGGACAUAUGCUGGGGCAGAACCGAUGGGUCUACUGUGGAGCCUCAGACCCGCCCCAGGCAGCAAUCAGAGACUCAGAGUCAACUCUUUCCCAUCAUCACUCAGGUUGAGGAAGGUGAACGUCCAGACUCCCAUGGAGGUCACAAUCUCAGUGUACCAGGGUUACCAGACUGAGGGCUUUAUGGAUCAGGUGCCGCUGGCCAGUGUGGUGGUGGAGCGCUGGUACAUGGCGCCCGGCGUCCGCAGAAUCCCCAUCACAGAAGGCGGUCUCACUGCGACCCUCUUCCUGCCCUCAGGACCAGGACCUUUCCCGGGCCUCCUGGACUUGUGGGGGGGUGGAGGGAAGUUGGUGGAGUACCGUGCAGCGCUGCUGGCCUCACAUGGAUUCGCCUCCCUGGCCCUCGACUACCUGACACCUAAAAUCACCAUGGAAACUGGGAAGAUAGCGGACAACCAGUACUUUGAGACGGCUUAUAGAGUCCUGGAGCAGCAUCCUCAGGUCCUCAGCAGCAGGAUCGCCAUGAUGGGUCUUUCCUUUGGCACCAGUAUCACCUUAAAAAUGGCUGCAUACUCUCAAGUUAUAAAGCUCAGGUGUGCUGUGUGUAUCAGUGGGAGUCAUGUGCAGCCGAUUGAUGGCUCUGUGGAACAGAUGAUGACUUACUUUAAUGAAAACGCUGAGAAGAUUUGCAUCAAUGAGGAGAACCAGAUCUGGCGAGAUGUGCUGCUGCCCAUUCCCACCGACCCCACGCUCAAAGUGGACGUGGGACGACUCCAGUGUCCUCUGUUGCUGGUUGUUGGUGAGGACGAUCAGAUGUGGCCCGCCUAUGAGUCUGCACAGGACCGAGGGAGGCGCUGCUCAGCGGCUCCUCCACAGACACACGGCGUCAUAUCGAAAACGGCUCAGAAGAGCUCAUCAAUACAACAAACUCUCAGAACUGCAACCACAUUUUCAGAUGCAAAACACAAACUCGUUACUGACUGCUUGACUGUGUGGGCGGAUUGAGAUAUUCCUUAUGUAAGUUAUGUCUGGUCAGGCCUUGUAAACAAGGAGGAGUGCUGCAAACCUGUGAGUAUCCUCUGUUAGACCCACUUAUACCGUGUGUUCAGCAACAUAUGGAGGACCUGUUUGAUAGGGGGCAAUUCACAGUAGGGGAGACCGGGCAUGGUUGUAACAUGGUUGUAACACCAAUUAGAGAUAGAAGUUAUGUGAUCAUUUCAGUAUUUACUUGCUUCCUCCCCAAUCAGUCAUGCUAGUGAUCAAGUCUGGAAACAGGUACAUUCAGAAUAUAUAGAGAAAAAUAAAUUUUUAUCUAUACUUUUGCAGGUAAAAUUGUUUGACUUAUAUUAGAUUGAAAUGUAGUUUUUUAGGCAACAUGUGAUGCAUUUUUUCCCUUUCUCAUUUCAAACUACUAUGCUAAAACAGCUAGCUAAACAUUGGCUGACAGGAGUGGCAUGGGUUGUAACACAUCUUUAAAAAGUGUCACAACCAUACACUAUACAUAAAACUAGGGACUUUCUUGAUUUUAAUAUUUUACAGAGUGCCCUUUGCAGUCUGGGCCCACCAAGCCUGCACUCUGUGACACCCUGUAAUCCGGCAAUCUAAAAAAAAUAUUCAGCGAUCAGUGACGCUGCGUUGGUGUUUGACAGGUGAGCCUCGUAGGUGGGCUGAUUAAUCAGUGACGAUCCGAGUCAGACAAACACACUGAGCCAUG